AUGCUCUCCUCCGUGCAGAAGGCGCUGCGCAACCUCCUCGUCGGCGACGGCGAGGUCGUCCCCGCAUUUUUUUCCCGCUGCAGCAGGCACCCAAGCCAGACGCUCGCGCGCCGCACUGGUAUGAUCACUCGUCUGCUUGGCGAGCUGGGCGGCGACCUUGUUGCGGAGGAGAGCUGCCUUGUCUGCUUGGAGCCCGUAAGCUCGUCCGCGUGCGUGCGAUGCUCGGCGCCGCCGCACCACGUGCUGUGCGACAGCUGCUUCCUGAGCCAUGUGGACUCCGUCCCCGAGCCGCGCAUCCGGGCGUGCCGCGGCCGGGUCCCGUGCCCUGGCGACGGCUGGCACGACUCGCACUUUGGGCCCUCCGAGAUCGCCAGCGUCGCCUUGAGGUAUGGCUGCCGCGCGAUGCGCUGCGGCGUCUGCGGCUUCUACUACUGCUGGCUCUGCUUCCACAAGGAGCUGACGAACCAGGCCAUCCACAGGCACGUGCGGGACGCGCACGGCGACCUGUUCGUCGCCCAGCGCGCAGUCGACCUCGCCCACGGCGCGUGGAGGCGGUCGGUGGUCUCGGACUUCAUGCGCGGCAUCGAGGACGCGGCGCUCCGCGACGCCGUCCUCUCCCUCACCCGCUCCAACCUCGCCGCCCUCGACGCCAGCCUGCCCCGCCAUGGCUGGUGA